AUGCAGAAGAGAGAAGGAAACUCGUGCUUUCUAAUUAGGCAGCAACACUUGCAGGAAUGGAAAUGUCUUCAGAGGAAGGAAAAGUAUGUGAAGCUAAAAGAAAGUUGUGGAAAGCAGUAUUUAAAAGAAGUUACAAAUGCUCCAGAGGAUGUUUGGGUUAUAAUUGAUCUUUAUUGGUCAAGAAGUUUCGUUAUAUUUCCUUAUUCUUUUCUAUCAUCCCAAUCUGUUUUACUGGUUAAUGAACACCUCAACCUACUGGCCUGAAAGUUUCCAGAAGGCAAGUUUCUCAAAGCCAUUGUAAACUGCUACAUGCAGAAUUGCCAGGACGGGUGUUUACCCACAAUUCUGGGUAUAUAUACUGGUGAAAUACAAGGCAAGUUCCUUGGAGUAGCUAAACAUGGGGGAAUAUAUCUGAAAGCAGAUGUUCAAAUACGGUUUUCUACUCCUUUGGUAAGCCUAUUGGUUGAUACCUACCGGCAGAUACCACUGCUGGAAGCUUUUAUUUUGCAGAUUCGAAGAGAUAACUCGUAG